AUGUUCAUGCCAGAGAAGAUGAUGACCAGAGGAGGAAAAAAGCCAGCCCAAGAGGGAGAGCCUGAGGAAGGAGCUGGAGCUUCCUCUGAAAUGGAGACAAUGGCAACAACCAACCCUGAAGAUAAGUUGGAGGAACUGGCGGUGAUGGUGAAAUCUAUGAUGCGGUCUCAAGUGGCUAGAGACCUGAAGAUUGAUAAAGUUUUUUCCCGCCAGGAGCAGAGGUGGAAAAGCAUACAGCAUCAAUUCCAACAAAUGCAGCUUCAAGUGCAUGCUGUACUUGGAAAAUCUGAUGUAUCAGAAGCACAUCUUCAACCCACGACAUCUGAAGCACCUACAGAAGAAUCAGAUGGUGGUGAUGUCCAGCUGGCUCGUGGUUCCAGGACCAUAAUUGAACCAAAGUUUCUUCCCUUAUCCACGGAUGAUGACAUUGAGCAUUUCCUGACGACGUUCGAGAGGAUGGCCCAGGUGUGUCGCUGGGCUAGAGAUGAGUGGGCGGUUCGUCUGGUCCCUUUGUUGACCGGUAAGGCCCGCACAGCCUAUGUUCUAAUGGAUAUGGCCGACUCUGAGGACUAUGAAAAAGUGAAAGAGGCAAUUCUGGCAAAAUAUGAAAUCACUGCUGAUACGUAUCGACGCCGCUUCAGAUGCCUGAAGAUUGAAGCAGAAAUAUCCGAGCAGAUAAUUCUGGAGCAGUUUUUAAGAAUGGUUAAUCCAGAGUUGGAGAUCUGGAUCCGUGAGCGCGACCCGAAGACGGCAAAAGAAGCAGCUACUCUUGCAGAGGUCUUCACGUCAGCCAGGAAGGGGAGCAAGAGCACCUAUUUUGGCCGAGAGACUCACUAUGCCCCAUCAAGUAAGUCCACUGGGGGUGAACAGGGCUCUGGUCAAAGUCAGGCUAGAAAUUUUUCUAGUUCAAAGCAGCUCCCUUCUCAAAGACCUCCUAAUGUAAAAAAGUCAUUUCACAAGUCUUCUGCGCAAGAUAUUAGAUGUUACAAUUGUAAUGGCUUUGGCCAUACGCAACAUUUUUGCCCCGCCCUUAAAUCAAAGCCAUCACUUUUGUGUUCAGUGCCAAGACCAGCUAUUGAGGCUGUGCAAAAGAAGGUUUGUACAGUUUCUGUUCUAGUGAAUGGGCAAAAAGAAGAAGCUUUGCUUGAUUCUGGGUGCUUCCAGUCUCUAGUGCAUGCUAGCUUAAUCUCUGAAGAAAAGCUAAGUGGGGUGGGGGUUAAGAUAAAAUGUGUACAUGGAGAUGAACAUGUCUACCCAAGUGCUGAGGUGUAUUUGACAGUGGGAGGUCAAACAUACUUGGUACAUGUAGCUGUAGUUCCCUCUUUGCCGUACUCCGUUAUACUUGGUAAUGAUAUCCCCACUCUUUUUGACCUUAUUCACCAGUCAGAAUAUGAACCCAAAGGGCUUACCAACAGAGAGGCCCAGGAUUUAUGCCCAAAAUCUGAUAUACCAGUAGAAUCACUGAAACCUUGUAAUAUAGUCACAAGAGCUCAAAGUGCAAAGACUGUGUUGGAAGAGCUGCCUUUUUAUGGGGAGUCUCUGGAAAUAGAGCCGGGAAAAACUAAAAAGUCAAGAGCUCAGAAAAGAAUGGAGAAAUUCAAAGGCUCAGGUGAUGAAGGGAUAGGACAGUUGUCUAAGCCAAAUAACUUGUUGGAGUUUGACAUUCCCUCAGAUGUAGGUGCACUCCAGAGAGAUGAUCCUACUUUAAAACCGUGGUUUGAAAAAGUAACUGGGGGGGGAACUCAUCAGCGCCGGUUAGACUUCGUGGAAGAUGCAGUUUACAUUAUUAAAGGAGGCAUUUUGUAUCAGAAGAAGGGACAGGGUGACGCAUUAGCCCUUCCACAACAGUUCAGGUACAAAGUCAUGGAGCUGGGCCACUCAAUUCCAUGGGCAGGUCAUAUGGCUUUUCAUAAGACGCUGAGUAGAAUCAGUAGCCGUUUUGUCUGGCCGGGAAUGUAUACCCAGAUUUCAAAAUUUUGUAGUUCCUGUGGAAAAUGUCAGUUGACUUCUGGCAGACGAGUAACCCGAGCCCACCUACAGCCGCUGCCAAUUAUUGAGACACCGUUUGAGAGGCUAGGCAUGGAUAUUGUGGGUCCAUUAGAGAGGAGCUCUACAGGUUGCCGUUACAUAUUGGUGAUAUGUGACUAUGCGACACGGUACCCUGAGGCUUUUCCUCUCAGAUCCAUUAAAGCCCGACAUGUUGCUAACUGUCUUCUGCAGUUGUUCUCUAGAGUAGGAAUACCAAGAGAAAUUCUCACAGAUUGUGGAACAAAUUUUUUGUCCAAACUUUUGCAGCAGGUUUAUAAAUUAUUAGGGAUUAAAGGACUUAAGACCACCCCUUACCACCCCCAGACGGACGGGUUAGUGGAAAGAUAUAAUCAGACUCUUAAAAAUAUGCUGCGCAAGUUUGUCUCUGACACAGGUGCCGACUGGGACCAAUGGCUGCCGUACCUGUUAUUUGCUUACCGGGAGGUUCCACAAGUGUCUACAGGUUUUUCACCCUUUGAGUUAUUGUAUGGCCGCCAAGUGAGAGGUCCGCUGGACCUACUGAAGGACUGUUGGGAAGACGCUAAGCCAGAGGGUGAAAACAUUGCAGCAUACGUCAUUAACAUGAGAGAGCGGUUGCAGGAAAUGGCAUCUUUUGCACAGGACAACCUGAAAGCAGCUCAACAACAUCAAAAGACAUGGUACGAUCAGAAGGCCAGAGACAGAGUCUUCUUGCCAGGACAGAAGGUUCUGUUACUGUUGCCUACCAGUGACAACAAGCUGCUGACAAAAUGGCAUGGACCAUAUGAAAUCACCAAACAAGUGAGUAAAGUGGUUUAUGAACUGUACAUGCCGGAAAGAGCUAAAAAGCAUCAGACUUUUCAUGUCAACUUGUUGAAAGAGUUUCGCAGCCGACAAGAGCCUGUGCACCAGGAGUUAUUUGUGAGAGCAGUUAAGGAUGAGGAAGUGACCGAAAAAUUUCUCCCAACUAGCAUGUCAGACUGUGCUUUGGUUGACGUUUCUCAUCUGUCUCCUACUGAGCAGGAAAAAAUCAAACCGUUCUUGGACCCUCAGCUCUUUAAAGAAGUUCCAGGAUUUACAUCACUGGUCCAACAUAAGAUUCGGCUGAAAGAAGAUGCACCGAGCCGGCAAAAGAGCUAUCGCAUACCAGAACGUUUGGUUCCGGUACUGGAAAAAGAAAUAAAGCUGAUGUUGGAGUUGGGAAUAAUUGAAGAGUCUAGGAGUGAGUGGUGCAGCCCGAUUGUGCUGGUGCCAAAGAAAGACGCCUCCCUGAGAUUUUGUAUAGAUUUUAGACAUUUAAAUGCUGUGUCCAACUUUGACCCGUACCCGAUGCCCAGGGUGGACGACUUACUGGAGAAAGUCGGUUCGGCAAGUUACAUCACAACGCUGGAUCUGUGCAAAGGAUACUGGCAAGUGGCUUUGGCACCAGAAGCGAGAGAGCUGACGGCCUUCAAACCUCCUUUUGGGUGUUUGGACAAAUUCUACCCCGGGGGUCCAGACGCCAUAUAUAGCUUUGGGAGAGGCCAUUGA